AUGUCAUCGCCGAAGACAAAUUCAAGGGAAAAACAAUUGCAGAUUAUGGUCCGAUCACCACCGUUCAGUCUCCCCGACGGUUGGUUGGUUGAACAACACCGCCGCCGUAGCCCUAACCCCGACCAUGCUGAAAGGGUUGAUAAGUAUUACAUAGAACCAAACACAAGGCAGAAGUUCCGUUCUUUGGUAUCUGUUCAGCGAUAUCUAAAUGGAGAACCAAAAGAUUAUCUUCCUCCUACUGAGAGAAUGAUAUCAGAAAACAAAAACACUACGUGUAACAAGUCUAGGCGCAAACAAAAGUUUCAUCCUGCGAGAGAUUUCGAGGGAGGAGAUUUAACCGUAAGAGAUUUCGAGGGAGCACGGUUAACUGGAGAAAAUGCAUGUAGACCUACACCCAAGAUAGUUUUCAAAUGCUCUGGACAGCGAAGUGCUCCUACGACUCAAGAACCUAUUGAAUCACUUUCCGAAAAAACUCAUUCUAAGAAGAAAAUCAAAUUGGGGAAAGACGGAAGAGGUUCAAUCCAUAACUCAACAAGACCACCAACAAAAGUAAGAUGGGUUUUGUCUGGUCCAAGUGGCUUCUGGAAUCCUUUCCUAGACGAGUCUAUGGUACCACCAUCUGAAAAGGCGAAAUGGUCCAAAGCAUUUUCAAUAUCGAUCAAUGAAGGAGUUACUAAUUGA